AUGCCCAUUCUACGACAAGAUUUAAAGCUCUUAAGUGAUAAACAAACCUUGGAACAAUGCCUGACCAAGCCACCUCCCCCACCAGCUGGAAAAGAAAAGCAAAGCCCAUGGCCACAUUGGUACUCAAGUACAAGCCAGAAAGUGAAAAACAUCGGCACCCAAGGAGGUAUCAGUUGCUACAAAGCAGCUGUGCAAAACCCAGGAGACUUCUCGUUGCUCCAGACUGCAGUCAUCAGAACCGAUGUCCCUACAUCGGGCAAUCCCUCCAAACUCUGUCACCAAACCAUCGAGGUUGGAUGGAUCAACUUCCCCACUCAAGUGGCCGAGCCUCACUUAUUCACCUUUUACAACACCAACGGCUAUACUGAAAUUGCAGACUAUAAAGGGGGUUGGAACACCGAAGUCAAAGGCUGGGUGCAGUACGACCACACCAUCUUCCCAGGAGCUGUCGGCGGUCCGCUAUGCGUCGAUGGAGGCCUUCAAACAGAAAUGCCCAUCCGAAUUCAACUCUACCAGGGUAAUUGGUGGGUGUAUGUUGCCGACCGCUGGAUCGGAUACUAUCCGGCUUCUCUAUUCAGCACCGGCGAAGCCGACCCGUCUCAGACACUUGCUCAGGGUAGUAACCAGGUCAAUUGGUACGGGGAAGUGUACCAGACUGAUAUUGCCUUGACUACAACAGACAUGGGCAGUGGAGAAUGGCCCUGGACUAGAUGGUCCCAUUCAGCUUUUAUGAAGAAUAUCACGUAUCUUGACGCGGAUGGUGUUCCGCAUGGAUAUUAUGGGACUCAGCAUUCGUUUGUGUCGGAUGAAGCGAGGUAUAACAUGGAGCCGCAUUAUGAUAGCGGGACUGCUUGGGGGAGUUAUAUGUGGAUUGGAGGUCCUGGUGCUGGUGGAAAGAUUGGGGCAGUCGAGCAGGAGGGCAAGGGGUCUUGA